AUGUACCUCCCUACCGCCCACGCCAGCAAUGGCACGCCCAUCUCCGAGAUCCCUGUGCCGCUACGACGUUGGCUGGACCUCUGCCUGGCCCUCUGCCUGCCCAGAUGUCGCCUCUGUCCCCCUCGUAUAGCGGCCACAGCAGUCAGCGGCAGCUGCAGUCCCCUGGACCCCAAUGCUGCCCCAUGGUUCCCACAGCGUCCCCCCAUCACGCCUCGCUUCCGCUGCCGAGUGGCCCACGGGGGCGAGCGACCUGGGCCGGGCUGGACCAGCUGGCCGCCGUCCGCCGCCUGCGUCGUGCAGGGCGGUGGCAAGGCCGCGCAGCCUUGGUUUCCCCAAACUAGGAGCCUCUCGGCUCUGGGCUUCGCCCCGCUGUCGCCGCCCCUGUCGUGCCAGACGCGCGUUGCCUGGGCCGCGAGGGCCGCCGGGCCCUCCGGCCUUCUGCGUGUCCUUGUCCUUGUCCUCCCUGACCUCGACCCCAGGGGGAAAGGUCUCCGGGGGUACGCGCGCCGUGAAUUCUGGUUCCGGCUCGAGGGCUGCGUGGUCGGCGGGUGCUUCUGGGCUUCGGCUUGCUCUUUUCGGCUCGUCUGCCAGAGAGGGGCUUCGGUAUCGACGGACCGCCGAGGACUUGCCAACGCCUGGACCCAGGCUGGUCGUUCUGGAUUGUGGUACCAGCUGCCUUGA